GGAUGACGAAAUGGCUAAGCAAGCAGCUUUAAUGGAAGAAAAGAUGAAGAAAAUGGGUAAAAAGAAACCACUAAUUAAAAAAGAUGGAGAUAAAAAGGUAUUUGACUCUGCAGACUACUAUAAAGAAAAGGAUGAAGCUGAAAAGAGCUGA